UGUCAUAGACAUAUAUAGAUAGUCAUGGUGAUCAUCAGUUUUGUUUUGUUCUGUUUCUUACUCUUUUGUUCUUCUUCAUCACCGGUUGUCGUUUCAAGCCAUGGCAAUGGUGGAAUCGAUGGAGAUAGAGCUGCAUUGGUGUCGUUCAUGUCACAAAUCGUUUCAGACCCUCAACAUGGUCUUGAGGAUUGGAACUCUUUGAAUGUUCAUGUCUGCAACUGGUCCGGCGUUCGCUGCAACAGCGAAAAGAGCAGAGUUGUUGAGCUUGAUCUCAGUGGAAAAUCACUUAAGGGAACCAUUUCCUCUUCUCUUUCUAACCUUUCUUCCUUGAACAUUCUUGACUUGUCGAGAAACUCCUUUGAAGGUCAUAUUCCUAGAGAGUUGGGCUCCCUUUUGGAGCUUAGUCAGUUGAGUUUAUCAUCAAAUUAUCUUGAAGGGAAUAUUCCUUUUGAGUUGGGAUUUCUUCACAAGUUAGUUUAUCUUGAUUUAGGUACCAACCGCCUUAAUGGGCACCUUCCAUUUUCACUCUUCUGUAAUGAGUCUUCUUCUUCUCUGCAAUAUAUAGACCUUUCCAACAAUUCUCUAAGUGGUGAGAUUCCUCUUAAGAAUGAAUGUCAGCUCAACGAGUUGAGGUUUCUUUUGCUUUGGUCUAACCAAUUAGAGGGUCAGAUUCCUCCAGCUCUUUCAAAAUCGUCGAAACUCGAAUGGCUCGAUUUGGAAUCAAAUAAACUCAGUGGGGAGUUGCCAUCUGAGAUUGUCCAGAAAAUGCCUCAGUUACAGUUCCUCUACUUGUCUUAUAAUGACUUUGUCAGCCAUGAUGGUAACACCAACUUGGAGCCUUUUUUCAAUUCUUUAGUUAAUUCUUCUAACUUCCAAGAACUUGAAUUGGCGGGAAAUAAUCUUGGUGGGGUUAUACCAACUAAUAUUGGUGAUCUUUCUAGUACCAAUCUUGUACAGAUGCAUUUAGAUGGGAAUCUCAUAUAUGGUACUAUUCCUCCUCAAAUUUCAAAACUUGUCAACCUCACCCUCUUGAACUUGUCCAGUAACCUUCUGAAUGGGACAAUCCCAUCUGAAUUAUGCAAGAUGGGAAAGCUGGAGAGGGUUUAUUUGUCAAAUAAUUCACUCUCUGGAGAGAUUCCAGCAGCUCUUGGUAACACUCCUCAUUUGGGUCUUCUUGAUUUGUCUAGAAACAAACUUUCUGGUUCAAUUCCUGAUAGUUUUGCUAACCUUUCUCAGUUGAGAAGGCUAUUGCUAUAUAAUAAUCAGCUCUCAGGGACCAUACCACCAAGUCUAGGAAAAUGCAUCAACUUGGAGAUUCUUGACCUUUCUCACAAUCAGCUUUCAGGAGUCAUUCCUGAUGAAGUUUCAGGAUUGAGAAGCUUGAAGUUGUACUUGAAUCUUUCUAGUAAUCACUUACAUGGGCCUUUACCAAUGGAGCUGAGUAAAAUGGAUAUGGUGCUUGCCAUUGACUUAUCUUCAAACAAUCUCUCUGGUACCAUUCCGCCACAGCUUGGGAGUUGCAUUGCUUUAGAGUCUCUUAACCUUUCAGGCAAUGCCUUAGGAGGCUCUAUUCCGGUUUCUAUUGGACAGUUGCCUUAUCUUAGACAAUUUGAUGUGUCUUCAAACCACUUAGUUGGUGAGAUACCACAAUCUCUGCAGGCAUCUUCAACCCUUAAGCAACUCAACUUUUCUUUCAACAACUUCUCUGGGAAUGUAUCAAACAAGGGGGCUUUUUCUUCUCUAAGCAUGGAAUCUUUCUUGGGAAAUAAACGUCUUUGUGGCUCAAUAAAAGGCAUGCCAAACUGCAAGAGAAAACACAAUAAGCGUCAUCAUCAACUGCUCUUUCUGUCAAUCCUCCUGCCCCUAUCAGCUGUUCCCAUUUUGUGUAUGCUUUGUUACUCACUAAUAGUCAAGUCAAGAAUUCGAAGUCAAAUUUCGAUUUUCAAAAGAGGGGACAUAGAGGAAGGUGAAGGAGACAAAAAGGAGCUUAAGUACCCAAGAAUCUCAUAUCAACAGCUCGUUAAUGCCACAGGUGGAUUCAGUCCCUUAAGCCUAAUUGGUUCAGGUCUUUUUGGACAUGUCUACAAGGGUGUUCUUCAAGAUAACACAAGAAUUGCAGUGAAGGUAUUGGAUCCUAAGGCAGCUGGGAUCAUUUCAGGAAGCUUUAAAAGAGAGUGUCAAAUACUAAGGAAGACUAGGCACAGAAAUCUAAUAAGGAUCAUCACCAUCUGCAGUAGGCCAGACUUUAAGGCUCUUGUUCUUCCUUUGAUGUCAAAUGGGAGCCUGGAAAGGCAUCUAUACCCAAGCCAUGGAUUGAGGAAUGGUUUGAAUCUGAUUCAGCUGGUGAGCAUAUGCAGUGAUGUAGCUGAGGCAGUGUCCUAUCUGCAUCAUCAUUCUCCUGUUCGAGUUGUCCACUGCGAUCUCAAGCCGAGCAAUAUUCUCCUUGAUGAUGACAUGACAGCUCUGGUGACUGAUUUUGGUAUUUCAAGGUUGGCGAAAGGGGGUGAUGAGAGCAGUAACAUUGCUACUAACGAUUCGAUAUCAUUUAGCUCAGGAGAUGGCUUGUUGUGCGGGUCUGUUGGAUACAUAGCUCCUGAAUAUGGAUUGGGAAAACGCGCUUCAACUCAAGGUGAUGUCUACAGUUUUGGGGUCCUCCUGCUGGAAAUUGUCACAGGAAGGCGCCCCACUGACAGUUUUUCGGUUGAAGGUUCAAGCUUGCAUGAAUGGGUGAAAUCUCACUACCCUGAUAGGCUUCAGCCAAUGGUUCAACAGGCACUGGGGAAGUAUGCUCCAGCUGCAUUAGUCCCAACUCAUUACACCAGAAUUUGGGCCAAUGCAGUGUUGGAGUUGAUUGAGUUAGGACUUAUGUGCACACAGUACACUCCUUCAACAAGGCCAAACAUGCAAGAUGUGGCUCAUGAAAUGAGUAGGUUGAAAGAAUAUCUCUCCAACCCUUCUGCAGUAUUGAUUGAAGAAGUUGAUCCAAAAAUCUAAUCAACUCAAUUCUUUUUUGAAAAAAGUUUUGUUAAAUAACUUGGGAUUUUUUUCCCCUUGUAACUAUUUUUCUUUUUUUGUAUUUACCCUUAAUCUGCAAUGAUAAUGGCUAGAUCUAAAAGGCAUAUUUUUAUAAUUGCCUUUUGCAUAACAUCUUGUAAAAAGGGUUCUGAAAAAGAUAUUGGAUGUGGAGGAUGCAUCAUUUUUAAUA